AUGUCGGCCGACUUUUGGGCCGGCUACAUCAGCGGCGCCGUCGGCAUCGUCAUUGGCAACCCGCUCGACCUCGUCAAGGUCCGCCUGCAGGCCGGGCCUGCCGCCGCCGAGAGCAAGCCGCCCGCCUCGGCCAUUGCAUCUCCCGCCGCCGCUGCAGUCUCGCCGUCAUCCCUACCAUCAUCGCCGCAUGCAUCGGCGGUCGAAGCGGCUCGGCCCUUGCGCUCCGCCGCCUCGCUGGUCACCGGCGCCGCCGCCCCCAUCCUCGGCUACGGCGCCCUCAACGCCCUGCUCUUUGUGUCCUACAACCGCGCCGAGGCCGCUCUGGGCCGCCUCUUCCCGCCAACCGCCGUCACCGGCAGCAGCAGCAGCAUCAUCAUCACGACGCCCGCCACGAGCCUCUGGACGACGUGGCUGGCGGGCUGCGCCGGCGGCCUGGCCACGUGGGUCGUCUCGACGCCGACCGAGCUCGUCAAGUGCCGCGCCCAGCUGGCCCGGGGCCCGCCCGACGACUCGUCGUGGCGCGCCGCGCGGCACAUCUUCCGCCGCGAGGGUGGCCUGCGCGGCUUCUACUUUGGCGGCGCGGUCACGGCGGCGCGCGACGGCAUCGGCUACGGCUUCUACUUCUGGGCCUACGAGCUGUGCACGCGGUGGUGGAUGGCGGCCGCCGAUGCGGCCGCGCAUCAACAGCAGCAGCAGCACAAGGAGACUCUGUGGUCGAGCGAGGCGGCGCGGGUGCUGCUGUGCGGCGGCGUGGCGGGCGUCGUGACCUGGGCGAGCGUGUUCCCGCUCGACGUCGUCAAGACCAGGGUGCAGGCGCAGGUCCUCCAUUCGGGCCCCGCCAUCACCACCGGCGAGGCCGCGGCACUGCUCGGGGAUGUCGCUGCAUCCCCGGCCCAGCGGCGCAAGGGCGCCGUGGAGAUGGCGCGCGAGGCCUACCGGGAGGGCGGCGUGCGCGUCUUCUUCCGCGGCCUGACCGUGUGCAGCGUGCGGGCCUUCAUCGUCAACGCCGUCCAGUGGGCGGCGUACGAGUGGAUCAUGCGGGAGCUCGGGCAGGGCCGGGCCGUGAGGGACGGGGCCGCCGCGGCGUCUGCGGCGGUGGCCGAGAUGAUGUAG